UCAACGUAAAUAUGUAAGGACUUUUAGUUUGACGGGUGGCUUUACGGAAGCCAAUGCAUCGUGCUCCGUUUAAAAGUUACUGUUCAGAAUUUAUAAUUUCGCUAUUUUAAUGACGCUUCGGAAAGGAUAUCUGUGUUUGUUGUAGCCAUGUCAGAAGAAGUUCUGCUGGCUCGUGUGAAGGCUUUGGAAGAGGAGGUGGAGAGACUGAAAGCCCAGCUGAAAGUAGAGAGAGAUGGAGCUAAGAGAGAGGAGAGGACUGAAACAUCAGCCAGUCUCCAAACAGAGAGCUUAAAACGCCAGGAAGGUGAGGAGAACAGAUCCAAACAGAAGAAACGAGGAGCAGAGAGGCCCUUUGACUUCUCUGUCCAUCCUCGCAGGCAUGUGGCACUGCGGCUGGCGUAUCUUGGCUGGCAAUAUCAGGGCUUCGCUGUCCAGGAAAACACAGACAACACCGUUGAAGCCAGGCUUUUUGAGGCACUGCUGAAGACUAAACUGAUCCAGGACAGACAGACCUCCAACUAUCAUCGCUGCGGCCGCACAGAUAAAGGAGUCAGUGCUUUCUCCCAGGUCAUAUCCAUUGAUCUGCGCUCAACUCAGUAUGGAGGAGGUUUAGGUGUGACUGUCCCAGCUGGAGUGGAGGUCAAAGGCAAGGCGUCUGCAGAAGAAUUACCCUACGUGAAGAUAUUAAACAGAGUCCUGCCACAGGACAUUAGGAUCCUGCAGUGGGCUCCUGUAGAAACCGGCUUCAGCGCGCGCUUCGACUGCCAGUCCAGAACAUACAGAUACUACUUCCCUCGUGGAGACUUAGACGUGGAUCUCAUGGCAGAGGCUGCUAAACGGUAUGAGGGAACUCAUGACUUCAGGAACAUCUGUAAGAUGGAUGUAGGUAAUGGAGUCUUGCAGUUUCAAAGGACCAUCUUGUCUGCCACCAUCCAGCCAGCCCAACUUAACCCCACCUGCCCUAAUGACCCACACCAACUCUAUGUCUUCCAGGUCAAAGGUCUUGCUUUCCUCUAUCACCAGGUUCGCUGCAUGAUGGCUUUACUUCUGCUUAUUGGACAGAAACUCGAAGCUCCAGAAAUCAUUGAUCAGCUGCUGGAUGUGGAGAAAAACCCAAGGAAACCUCAAUACAGUAUGGCGGUGGAUUACCCUUUGGUGUUGUAUGACUGCCACUUUGAGGGUGUGAAUUGGAGGAAUGAAACGGAGGAGGAGAACCACGUCCUGAACUCUCUGCACCAGCACUGGGUUCAGAACGCAGUGAAAACCCAAGUUCUUCUCGGCAUGAUCCAAGGCCUUCAGAAAACAACCACAGAGAUGACAUCUCUGCAGUGCUGGCUCAUGGAGGGCUCCAGGCAGAGGAAGUACCAGCCUCUUCUGGACCGGCCGCGCUGUGAGAGUUUGGAGUCCAGGAUCCAGCACUUUGUGAAGAGAGGAAGACUGGAGCAAGAAGAAGGAGAGUACGGGGAGGAGAUGACCGUUUUCAGGGGGAAAAGAUCAAAACAUUCCCAUCUGAUAACAACAAACCAAAUCCAGGAGCAAAACCAUGGAGCAAAAACCCAGCAUUGCCCAUUACAAAACCUGUAAACAUACUGUUAUGAACCCGUAUGUUUUCUGCUUUGACUUUUAAUGUGUGUGCAAAAUAACAUGAAGGCAGAACCAUUUUCGGUUCUCUUAGCAGCACAA